CCAGUUGUUAGGAUAUCGGGCUGCUACAGGGUGCUGGAUCGAUGCAGACAGUCCUGGUUUUCUGGAAGUCGUCAGUGGUCCGAGGCCAUUAAACGCGUUGUAUGUGUCUUGCAAUUUGAUCCCGUAGCGCUCGGUGCGCCGAUCGGAGAGUAAUUUACGCGAAUUCCUGGGCAUCCGGGUCUCUGCAGGUGGGCCUACGGAGUUUCUUCUCACGUCUUUUGCUUUUGAUGUCACAGUAUUUACUUUAUCAUUUCAUACUCACGUAACAUUCGGGAUCCGUCAGAUCAAACAUUUCAAAGAGACAGUCUUCACUAAUAUUGUCACUUUGAUUUUAGUUACAACUUAAAUGUACCUAAGCUUUUAAAGGGUGAUGCAGGGCAUAAUGCCGGUUAAAACAAAAUCUCGUGUUCCUGAAAAUAUGGGUAUCACGGGUGGUUUAGUGGAUGCCAGGGAUAAACAAGUAUUGAAAGAAGCAGUAGAAGCUGUUGUUAAUAGUUUUGCAAAACAUACUCAAGGCUAUGGAAGAGUGAAUGUAGUAGAGGCUCUACAAGAAUUCUGGCAAAUGAAACAAAGCAGAGGAACGGAAUUAAGGAAUGGAGCUUUAGUUAUUUAUGAAUCUGUACCUGGUACCAGUCCACCUUAUGUUUGUUACGUGACCCUUCCUGGAGGAUCCUGUUUUGGUAGCUUUCAAAAUUGCCCUACUAAGGCAGAGGCCCGUAGAUCAGCAGCAAAAAUUGCUCUAAUGAAUUCUGUUUUCAAUGAGCACCCUGCACGAAAAAUAACAGAUGAUUUUAUAGAGAAAGCAGUUGCAGAAGCAAGAGCUAGCUUUGCCAAGCCUUCUGCAACAUCGAAUGGUGUUAGCAGUCAAACACAAGGAAGUGGAGAUGAGAAAGAGGAUCCAAAUACAGGUAUAGGCGCGUUUCGUUUUAUGUUAGAAUGCAAUCGCGGAAGAACCAUGUUAGAAUUUCAGGAGUUAAUGACAGUCUUUCAAUUACUUCAUUGGAAUGGAUCUUUAAAAGCUAUGAGAGAAAGACAGUGCAGCAGACAAGAAGUAGUUGCUCAUUAUAGUCACCGAGCUCUGGACGAUGAUAUGCGUAGUCAAAUGGCAUUAGAUUGGGUAGCAAGAGAGCACGAAAGCGGUGGCGGUGUUGUUGCCAUGGAAUUGGCAUUAGCCGAAAGAGAACUCGAAGCGGCACGUUUAGCCGGAAGAGAGCUUCGAUUUCCUAAAGAGAAAAAAGAUAUAUUAAUGCUUGCACAUGCUCAAGUAUGUCCUCAGUGAUUUCAAUCAAAAAAUCAUGCAAUUAAAGGAAAUAUGUGAAACUAGUUUUACAAAAGCUGGUAAUAGGGGAAUAUGUUUUUUAAUGACAUGUAAUGUCGCUAUAUUGUUGUCUAGCAUUCAGACACAUAAUCAAUUCCGUCCUUAUAACGAAAUAUUUUUGGUGAUAUAGAAUAUGAAAUUAUAAACUCAUCGUAAUGUUAAGAGUAUUUAAAGCAUAUAACUGCCAUGACAAAAUAUUAAUACGCUAAGAGGAAAAAGGUAUUCAAUUUUCAAUCAAAAUUAUUCGUAAUAUGUACAUAUAUAGGUAUGUUUUGAUACAAAAUCGUGUCUUCCAUUACUUUUUUGUACGGUCGCCUAUAAUUAUAGCAUUAUACAUUUUUAUCAUAUAGCAAGCAAGCUUGGUGAUAUAUUGUGCUUGUUUAAGAAAUUUGAAGAUAUUUGAAUAGUUUGUUAUCAACAUAUUAAGAAUGACAUAUGCUUGUCAUUUAUGAAAUUAUCAUUUUAUGUUUUAUAUUUACAUAAAGUUUACAAAAUAUGGGUACAUUCACUGUAUUUAAAUACAGUUAUAUACAUGAUAUAAAUUGUAAUUGUUUUAAAAAUAUUUUAUUACUAUUUUUAAAUAUUGAUAAAUACAUGUUUUAAUAAAAUUUCACAAUUUUGAACACUUAUUUCUUGAUUCUGAUAUCAUGGUUGUGUUGUGCUUUCAAGUGUAGUUUUUGAUAAUUUCGUACAUUCUAUAUCUUCCUCUUGCAUUGGAUGUGUUAGUACUUUAUCUAUGAUCCCGAAAUCCUUUGCUUCAAAUGGACUCAUGAAAUUAUCUCUUUCCAUAGAACAUUCUGAAAAAUUGUAUGUGGUAAAAUAUUGUAUAAACAUAGAGUUUCAUCAA